UAGCUUUAAUUGCUUUGGUCUUCCUCCUCAGCCAUUACAAUCAAUUCAUUUAACUCUCUGUGCCUCCCAUAAUUCCUGUAUCCAUCACUAACCCACCCACCUCUUCUUCUUCAUCACGCUUCUUCUCUUCUGAGACUCUUCUUCUUGAAUUCACACGAGAGCUUAACUUAAAUCAAGCUCUGGUUAGUUCUUCCUCCUCUCUUUCUUUAUGCCUUUCCUGAAAGCCAGUAUACAUGGAUUGGGUCUCCAUGAAUCCAUCCAAGGAGAUAAUUUCCUCCAUCUCUCCUCCUCCUCCACUUUCCAUUACCAAAUUUGAGAGUAAAAUCAGCCCAAGCAUCCUUCUCAUAAUUGUAAUACUAGCAGUCAUCUUCUUCGUUUCUGGUAUUCUUCACCUUCUUGUUAGAUUCCUCCUUAGACCCACAGUAAGAGAACCAGAAGAUUCAGACAAUGGUACUGCUCUACAAGGCCAGCUUCAGGAGCUCUUCCAUCUCCAUGAUGCAGGGGUGGACCAGUCCUUCAUUGACACCUUACCUGUUUUCCUCUACAAAGCCAUAAUAGGCUUAAAGGACCCAUUUGAUUGUGCUGUUUGCUUGAGUGAAUUUGAGCCACAGGACAAGCUCAGGCUUCUUCCCAAGUGCAGCCAUGCCUUUCAUAUUGAGUGCAUAGAUACAUGGCUUCUUUCCCACUCCACUUGUCCUCUUUGCAGAAGAAGCCUUUUCCCUGAUUAUUCUCCAGCUCAUAAUAGCUUCAAUCCAGUAGUCCUAGUGCUUGAAUCUGGAAGUGAGAGUUCAAGGGAGUUUCUGGCAUCUAAUAGAGAAGAACCUGGGCUGAAUCAACACCUGGGACUCCCUGGAGAGAACGAUUUUACGCCGCGGGUUUCGGAUUCAUCUCGCAAAACAUCUGGGGUUGUGAUCAAGGAGGAAUUAAGUUCAGCUUCAUUUGGGUUGCAGGAUGAAAAGGUUGUAUCUGUUAAGCUUGGGAAAUUUCGAAAUGUUGAUAUUGAACGAGGAGGAGAAGGAAGUAGCACUGGCAAUAGGAAUUUUGAAAAGAGCCAGAGGAGAUGCUUCUCCAUGGGUUCAUAUGAGUAUGUAAUGGAUGAGAGCUGUAUGCUUCAAGUAGCACUCAAUUCCAUUAAGAAGAAGAAGCUCAGUGUCAAGAGACCAGGUUAUCGUUCGGCGAUGUCGGAGUGUGGUUGCCAUCCAAGAAGGGAAGAAUUCAGAGCCUUGGAUGAAUUCAACAGUUCUGAGCUCAGAGCUAACAAUGCUUCCAAUCUUCACAAGAAGGAGAGCUUCUCAGUUUCAAAGAUAUGGCUCCAACCAAGACAAGAAAAGGCGGUUUUCGACCGCGAUUCUUCAAGAAGAGCCUUCUCUUUCCGCUCGCCAUUGCAUGGUUUCCUCGCCGAGGAUUCCAAGAAGAAACGAUUCAAUUCAGGAGAAGAGUGGGAGAAGAGUGGAAGUGAGAUGGAUCUGGAUGUAGAAGUUGGUAGCUGUGUCAAUAGUUCUUGUUCUCAGAUUGAACAAACUCCUUCAUUUGCAAGAAGAACACUUCUAUGGAUUGUAGGGAGACAGAACAAAGUUGGGAGCAAUCACUUAUGAAAUGGAUUGAAUUGCAAAUGUUUUAGCUUCAGUUUUAGUUUCAGUUCAUUUCUGAUGCAUGCAAAAUACCUAACUUUACUCCAAUACAAUAAUCUCACAUAAACUUUACAGUUCUCAUCAGAUUUGAACUUAAAUUCAGAAGAAAAAAGAAUUCCAAUAUGGUAAGCUUUCAAAUUCUGAAUGGAGGAGAAGUGAAGGAAGAUUUGAAAUUCAAAUUUGUGUAUGGAUGGAUCUGUUUGCUUGUAGGUAUGGGUUAGCUUCCUCUCACUGUCAUGGAUCUGUGAAGUGUUACAGCUGGCUUCUGCAUUUAAUGAUAUCAAUGAAGAGAAAAGGAGGGAGGUUAGAUGUUCUUGUUGGGGACUUUAUGUGUGGCUCAGUGUAGAGUUUUUUAUAUGGAAAUUUGUUUUUUUUUUGCUUCAA